CUUCCCCUGUCAGUAUCACCAUCAAUCACAAUCAAAGUGUUGGAAUCAUCUCCAAUCUAAGCUCGACUGCAAGCAGUUCAACAGCAGACUGGAACCUGACAACGGGAGUACCAGGUGACAUUUGACAUCUACAGUCACUCCUUUUGACGCUACAACAACAACUCUAAAUGUUACUGUUCUGCACAAAAUUAACACCACCACGUCAAAGCUUUCCUUGACUUUGUCGACAACAACUGUUUUGGUCCAACAAGCUGGAAAAGCUAGCUUUUUUCAAAAGUUUUAUAGUUGAAAUUACUUGUUAGUAGAUGCAAUUUGUAUUCCAUGGAUUAAGGCAUUACAAGAAUAGACUUUUCCUUCAUCCACUUGGAUCUCUUUGGAGUAGAAUAGGAGUUUUAGAUCAUAGUCUCAAAUAGCAAACUUUAUUCACGUCUACAUUUAUCAGAUUUUGUCCACUAUAUGUCAAUAAUUGAUUCUUGUCACUUGCCAAGGUACAGGUACUACAUCUAAAACUACCUUAAGCCAAGCGGCCCAGGAGGAACAAACCAAACAGAUGCUGGAUCAAACAAGGGAUGCGUCUAACCUAAACUCCUCUCAGGUGGCAAAGUUGGUGGGAGACUUGGAGAAGCUUCUGGAAGGCCCCACAGUCUCUAAGGCUGUGGGACAAAAUGUUGUCAACAUAAUAAGCAACCUGAUGGGGGGCAACACGCUGGCCCUGUCUGCAUCUGCUAACAGGCUGAUUCGCCUGGUAGACGAUCUGGGCAUUAAACUGGUAGUCGCUGGCGACACAGAGAUCCUUUCUGCAGGUUCGCUGGUUCUGGCUGUGAGGGAAGUCGAUGGGACCAACUUUCCAGUAACAUCUGUUGAUAUUUUCAACACCGAUAAUGUCCAGCUCCGUGCCCUCAGUAGAUCCCGGUCCAAGAGGUCCGGGUCUGCUCUGGGGUCAGUAUUCUUGCCCUCCUCCCUCACCAAUGGGCUAAGUCUUGAACAGCAGAAGGAGGCCAACAGGGUCCAGUUCAACUUCUACACCAAAUCAGCCUUAUUCCAGGAUGCAUCAUUAGAUACCAAAACCCUUGUCAGUCCAGUUCUGGCUGCCAGUGUGGCCAAUCUGUCAAUAAGUAACCUGGCGGAGAACAUUCAGUUUACCAUCCGAAACAUCGACCCCAUGCGAGAGAACUACACAGCCUCCUGUGUCUUUUGGCAAAUAACAGAUGGUACAGGACACUGGAGCUCUGCUGGCUGCUCUGUUGUCAAUGCCACAGCAGAAGAAACUACCUGCAGCUGCAACCAUCUCACGUCGUUUGCAAUUCUGCUGGAUUUGUCCAGAGACACAUCAAUUGACCCUGGGCAGUUGAAAAUCCUCACUUUCAUCACUUACAUCGGCUGCGGAAUCUCUACCAUUUUCCUCGCCCUCACCUUACUGACAUAUUUGUCAUUUGAUAAACUGCUGCGAGAUAUUCCUGCCAAGAUCCUGGUUCAGCUGUGCCUGUCCCUCUUCCUCCUCAACCUGGUCUUCCUCCUGGACGGCUGGCUCGCACUCUUCACAGCGCCUGGGCUGUGCAUUAGCACCGCCUUCUUCCUGCACUACUUCCUGCUGACAUCAUUCACCUGGGCGGGGCUUGAGGCCCUGCACAUGUACCUGAGCAUCGUCCGGGUGUUUACGCCCUACCUCAGCAGAUACAUGCUCAAGUUCUCCCUGCUGGGGUGGGGUAUUCCACUUCUGGUGGUGACAGUGGUAAUAUCAGUGGACAAAGACAACUACGGUCUGGUAACUUAUGGAAAAUACAGAAAUGACACUUCUAAUGACUUCUGUUGGCUGCGUAACGACAUCGCCUUCUAUGUGAGCGUGGUGGCCUACUUCCUCCUGGUCUUCUGUCUGUGCCUGCUGUGCUUCAUCGUCGUCCUGAUGCAACUGUCCCGGAUCAAAAAGCAGAACCCCCAUAACCAGGCUCCCAACCGGGGGGUGAUGAAAGACAUGCGCAGCAUCGUUGGCCUCAUCGUGCUGCUGGGCCUCACCUGGGGGUUCUCCCUGUUCGCCUGGGGACCCCUCUACUUGCCCUUUGUCUACCUCUUCACUAUAUUCAACUCUCUGCAGGGAUUCUUUGUCUUCAUUUUCCACUGUGCCGUGAAAGAGAGCGUCCGCCGGCAGUGGAGAACUUACCUUUGCUGCGGGAAACUGCGAUUGGCUGAAAACUCAGACUGGAGUCGGACGGCCACCCAGAUCAACAAAAAACGGGGGAUGUCUGUCGCCACGACCUCCACCUACACGGCCAACGCCACCCCCCGAAGCGCCUCCGUCAUCAGCGUCCUCACCAGCGGGAGCGACUCCGUGUUCAUGGACAGCGGAAUAAGCGACGGCUCCAACAGCGACGCGCUCCUCAACGAGAUUCACCAACGAAAUCCCUCCUUGUGAGCGCGAGGGCCCCCGGCCGUGUCCUGCGUCCCUUCGUGAUCACGGAUGAUCCCGUCAUCCAGUGUGAGGGAGCCGGGAGCUCCUGCAGCUAACAGGCUCAGAGAAAAGCUCCCCGGUGCGACACCAGAUGAAGGUUUUACAGGUGGAAUGAAGGAAGGAGGAGUGAGACUGAACCACCUGUAGAGAGGCUGACCAGAUGCCUUUUCUUUUCAACGGUGGAAUCCACGAACAGAGAAAGGAUGUAAGAGACGUGUGUGUGUCUCUCUGACUGAAUUGUCUCACAGCGGUGUCUCAGUGUUUGUGCGUCUUGCUUGUUUCAAAGCAAAAUCACUGUGAACAUGAAAGAUGGUGGUAUUAUUUUUCUUGGAGAAAGCCUAUAACAUGGAACACAGAUUGCAUCCAAUUAGUAGUUUUGAGCAAAUGCUGAAAGCUUUGUAGAAAUGUAUAUUUGAGUCUAUUUUUCUAUGCUUUUGUAUAUUUAUUUUUUCCUUUUGUGUAACACAUGAAGCAAUUUCCAGCGUGUUUAAAAUGCUCCACCGCCCUUUGCUUGUGUACACUCGCUGAUGGAGCAAUUCCCAAGGUCCCCUGGGAAAGGAUCCGCUACCUCGAGCCGGAAGCCGGAGAAAUGAAGGAAAAAGUGCGCACGCUAAAACGAAUGCUCGAUCUUUAUACAAAACAAGGCAUUUAUUCAUAACAAAUAGAUAUAAAAUGUCUUUGUAUGAGUAAUUUAGAGUAGUGGCGGUUCAAAAGCAUUUCAAAUGAUGGGCAGACUCAUUACACACCACUGCUCAACGCCAUGAGAGAGGAGAUAAUAAAACCUCUACUUAUACCUGU